AUGAAUCCAGCGGCGGUAUUCCUCCACAACGAUCUCGUCACAGAAGUUCUUUCCGCUCUUCCGGUGAAAUCUCUAGUUCGUUUUAAGAGUGUCAGUAAGCAUUGGAAGACCCUCAUCACCGAUGAUUCCUUCGUGAAGUUGCAUCUUAGGAGAUCACAAACACGAAAUCAAUGCUUAACAUUAGUAACAUCUCACGUAAAAGAUCGCUGUGUUGUUCCAUACCCUAUAAGCAGAUUACUCGAUAACCCCUCAUUCACCCUUUUUAAUGAACCUCACCAUCGUUUGAAAUACAACAUAUGUGAACGUAUAGUUGGUUCAUGCAAUGGCUUAAUUCUUUUUUCGGAUAAACUUUCCGAUUUUGACUCUAAUAUAGAGUGUUGGAUUAGAACUUACUGGCUCACUGUUUGGAACCCGGCCACCAGGAAAGCUUCUGAAUGUUUUGGGUAUAUUCGUCAAUUUACUGAAUAUACGGGUCAACAACUUUUCAACUUUGCAUUUGGAUGUGAUAAUUCCAAUGACACUUAUAAAGUAGUGGCGUUCUGUUACCUUGAAGAUGAAUUUAAAACCGAGGUGAGAGUUCUUAGUUUAGGUGAUUAUGUUUGGAGAACUGUUGAAUGUUUCAUGAAUGUUAUUCUUCCGCAAGAUUAUGUGUAUUUGAAUGAAACUAUUAACUGGUUGGCUAUUCACAAGGGUAAGGAUGUAAGGGUUGACCAGCUUGUUAUUGUUUCAUUUGAUUUGAGAACAGAAACAUACACGGAAAUGGGUGUUCCUUGUGGUUUUAAUCAAGUCUUGCCGAAACAGCCGGAGCCAACUCUUGGCUGGUUGGAAGGCUGCCUUUGUUUUUCUUGUUACUAUCAAGAAAAGGAUUUUGUUAUAUGGCUGAUGAAAGAAUUUGGAAUUGAAGAUUCUUGGACUCAAUUCCUUAAAUUGAAUAAUCUAAAUCUUCGAAUAGAUUAUAACUAUAUUGAUAGACUUCCGUGGGUGCCAUUGCUUUUGUCUGAUGAUACACUGAUACUGACGAGCCAUAAUGAAUCUCAGGCAAUUAUCUAUAAUUGGAGAAAUAAUAGAGUAAUUCGAACAAACAUUAUUGCUAGUAGAAGCAGCUCUUUAGAUUGGAAGGAUGCCAAAGUUUAUGUUGAAAGCUUAGUUCCAAUUUCUAAUAAACACUCUGCGAUUAUACAUGUUAAUGUUCCCAAGAGUUCUCUCGCGGAUGUCCAAGAGGUCUACAAUACUAGUAGGCGAGAUCAAUUUCUCAUGAAGCUUCGUGCAAAAUUUGAGGUUGUCAGAGGUGCUUUGCUGAAUAGGAAUCCUGUUCCUUCUUUAGAUACAUGUGUUGGUGAACUUCUCAGAGAGGAACAACGUCUUGCUACUCAAGGAUCCAUGUCUCACGAUGUUGUCAUUUUCGAGUCUGCUAUGUUUGCAUAUGCUCCUCAGAGUAGAGCGUUCGCAAUCUACAUGACAGCAGCCAUAACCGCAUUGGUGUCAAUCACAUCUACAGCUACAACCACAAUUUUAAACCAUGUGUAG